UGAAGCGGACUGGGGAAGGGGAAGGGAUGAUGAAGCAGACUGGGGAAGAGGGAGGGAUGGUGUUCCAUCCUUAGCCACAUUCAGCACCUCCCCGCCCGGACAGCUCCCGGUGUGCUCUGCACUGUACUGUGCCGUACUGGAGACCUGUGGCUUUGUCUGGCAUCUCCUGCACUUCACCCAACUUGGACUGAACUUUUGCCAGUUUCCUCCCCUCGCCCUUUGUCAUUGCCUGGCGAGGGCAGAGCCAUGCCUGACAGGUGGAUGUCUUUUGGGCAGCGGGUGUCAGGCUGUGGGGGUUAAGCAGCACUUCUUCCCUUUGGCUCCCCCCUUGUCUCCUGUGCUCCCCCAUCUUCCUGGCAUACCGUCCGCCCGGGCGUGCAUGGAUUAGCCGCUGAGAAGAUGCCGGUGAGGAAAGGGCUGCUGGCCCCGCAGAACACUUUCCUGGAUACUAUUGCCACCAGAUUCGACGGGACCCACAGCAACUUUGUGUUGGGCAACGCACAGGUGCUGAACUUGUUCCCCAUUGUCUAUUGCUCGGAUGGGUUCUGUGACUUAACUGGCUUCGCCCGGGCUGAGGUGAUGCAAAAGAGCUGUGCCUGCAAGUUUCUCUAUGGCCAGGAGACCAGUGAGCAGCUUAAAGUCCAGAUUCAAAAAGCCCUGGAUGAGAAAAGAGAAUUUAAGACAGAAAUUCUUCUCUACAGAAAGAGCGGUGGUUCAUUCUGGUGCCUCCUUGAUAUAGUUCCGAUAAAAAAUGAGAAGAGUGAAGUGGUCCUUUUCUUGGCUUCCCACAAAGACAUCUCAAACACCAAAAAUAAUCUGUCAUCAGACAACUACAAACCCACAGAGGAUGACGAUUUGGAAAUCUUCUCUGAUACCAGACCACCAGGGUUCAAUGCCAACCGCAGACGGAGCAGAGCCGUGCUGUACCACCUCUCUGGGCAUUUGCAAAAGCAAGACAAGAGCAAACUCAAGAUUAAUAAUAAUGUGUUUGGUGACAAGCCCACAAUCCCAGAAUACAAAGUUGCUGCAAUCCAGAAGUCACGCUUCGUUCUCCUGCACUAUGGCACUUUUAAGGCUGGCUGGGACUGGCUGAUUCUCUUGGCCACGUUCUAUGUUGCUGUGACGGUCCCCUACAAUGUCUGCUUUGCUGCUGCUUGGGAUGAACACUCUUCUUCGCGUAGCCCACCCAGUGUCAGCGACAUCUUUGUUGAAAUCCUUUUCAUGCUUGAUAUUUUGUUGAAUUUCCGUACAACAUAUGUCAGCAAAUCUGGUCAAGUGGUAUAUGACCCUCGCUCUAUUUGUGUGCACUAUGCAACCACAUGGUUUUUUGUGGACCUCAUUGCUGCCCUACCUUUUGACCUGCUCUAUGCAUUUAGUGUCAAUGUGUAUUUCGGUGUUCAUCUGCUGAAGACAGUUCGUCUAUUAAGACUCCUUCGCUUGCUCCAGAAACUGGAUCGGUACUCUCAGUACAGUGCAGUGGUGCUCACUCUUCUCAUGUCCAUGUUUGCUUUACUUGCCCAUUGGAUGGCAUGUGUUUGGUACUUCAUUGGGCAGAAAGAGAUUGAUGUCAAUGAGAUUGGAUGGUUACAUGAGUUUUCUAAACGUCUGGGAAUGCCAUACACUCUAGUGCAACGAUAUGUUUUGUCAGUAAAUACCAGCAGUCACUCCAAUAGUAGCGAUUUAAUCAACCAAACAACUGUGGAGCUGGUGGGUGGACCUUCCCUCCGGAGUUCCUACAUCACCUCUUUGUACUUUGCCCUCAGCAGCCUUACAAGCGUAGGCUUUGGAAAUGUAUCUGCCAACACUGAUGCAGAAAAGAUCUUCUCCAUUUGCACCAUGCUAAUUGGAGCUCUCAUGCAUGCUGUCGUAUUUGGAAACGUCACAGCCAUCAUUCAGAGGAUGUAUUCACGUAGGUCUCUAUACCACACACGUACAAAAGACCUGAAGGACUUCAUACGAGUACAUCGAAUGCCUAUCCAGCUCAAGCAAAGAAUGCUGGAGUGUUUUCAGACAACUUGGUCUGUCAAUAAUGGCAUUGAUGCUAAUGAGCUUCUUAGAGAUUUUCCUGAUGAGUUAAGAGCUGAUAUAGCCAUGCACCUUAACAAGGAGAUCCUCCAGCUGCCAAUCUUUGAGUCUGCCAGCCGUGGUUGCUUACGUUCUCUAUCUCUCAGCAUCAAAACCUCCUUUUGUGCCCCAGGAGAAUACCUGAUCCGACAAGGGGACGCUUUACAAGCCAUAUAUUUUGUUUGCUCUGGAUCCAUGGAGGUUCUGAAGGACAACACUGUUCUCGCCAUUUUGGGGAAGGGAGAUUUGAUUGGCUCAGAUAAUCUCAAUAAGAAUCGUGUAAUUAAAACCAACGCCAACGUAAAAUCACUAACGUACUGUGACCUGCAGUACAUCAGUCUGAAAGGUCUGCGAGAAGUUCUUGAACUCUACCCAGAAUAUUCCCACAAAUUUAUCUCUGAGAUCCAACAUGACCUCACCUACAACCUCAGAGAAGGGAGCGAGACAGACUUUGACCCCGAGAGCAAUGGAGGUCUCAUUCAGAAGUUGCCAUCCAUCCUAGAAGACGACGAAUUUGAAGAUGAUGAAAAAUGUCCCUUACCAGUUAGUCCCAGGGGUGUCAGUCCUGUAGAUUCCUCUUUAAAACUUCCUAAAGCCUACAGUUCUCCAAUGCUAUCUCCACUGACACCACGGUCUUUCAAAACACCCACCAAGAGGGCAGACAAGAGCUUUGGAGAUCUCAUCCUUACAGGGGAAAAGGGGAAAUUCCCAGCAGGUGAUGGAGGAAGACCUUGUAAGCUCCAGCUUCCUGCAUUCAGUAUCAAUGUUCCACCAGUGCUCAGCCCGAGAUUUGUAGAUGGCAUUGAGACCGAGUGUAGUUCACCAACUACACAGACAUUUGAUUUUAAUACCAAACCUCUCAGCUCAGAAAACUCACCCAGAUGUUCCAACGCAGAAAAUGUGGAAACCCGGAAGAGUAUUGCGAAACUGAAUCAGGAGAUGACUGCCCUUUCUCAACAAGUUACCCAGCUGAGUAAGGAUCUGAAUGAGAUGUUACAGCUUAUGAGGCCUGUGCUCCUCAACCAGAACUUUAUAACAUCUCCCUCAGUGAGUCUUCUCACCCCUAGCCUCAAUAACACCUACAGUAACAGCAGUGGUUUUUGUAGUGGGCAGCAGUCCCAAGUUACCAUUCCAAGCCUUGUUGGAUCAUCCUGUCCUGGUCAGACAAGGGUAGAUGGAGCACAAUCUAACACAGCAUGGAUGGAGGCCUUACCCCAGCCACCUCAGGCAGUCCAGCCAGAGAACUUGUGCAGAAAGAACGUUCAUCCUGCACUUUCUCUGGAUUCAUUCCUUAGACAUUCAUGCCCUCACCACAGACAGCUUAGGAGCUGUGGUCCUCUGACUGUGAACCAGUCUCUGUCCCCAUGUCAUGGCCAUUUCCCCCAAACACAAACAAACCACGUGAGCCAGGUAUCGCAUAGCAACUCAUCCCCAGUAAUGGCUGCUCACCAACUAUCUAACAAGCAGAAUGAAGAACAGAAGUCCAGCCCCAGCAUCACAUCCACGAGAUCAUUGUGUAGCCCUCAAGAUGCUGACCCAGUAAAGGACCGAGUGGUUGACCUUUUGGGAUUGAUGUCAAGAGACUAUAGAGAGACAUCUCCUGCUGCUUUGGAGCUGGUCCGUAGUUCAUCUGGAGACUCUCAAGGAGACAUCAUUAGGUUUAUAGAUGAUGAGGGUACCAAUGUGUAGGCGGGAAAAGCCAUGGCAAAGCCAAAGCACUGACCGUGGAGAUGUUUACCAAAGUGUACCUCUCCAAGGCUUGACCAAGCUACUGUAGGAGAAAACUAUCUUGAUGACAACAGAAUGUCGAAAUACUGCCAGUUUUCUUUCUCAUUGCCGCAAUGCUGCUAAUUAGGCAAUGAGAGACACAAUCCUAUAAUUUCAAAAUCAUUUUUUUUCUUGCAAAAAUCAUACUUUAUACGAGAAAAAAAUAAACCAUUCAUAGUGAGGGUAAAUUGGGCUGAUACUGAUUACAGCCAAAUUAUUGGUCAACUUCAGACAACGGACCUGCUAAAUUUGAGAAGCGUUACAAAUUAGUUUAUAGAGAUUGCUAGCUAAAGACUCAAAGUACACAAACAACGUUAAGGGGAACAAAGGUGUGAUUUUCAGAAGAUUUAUGGCAUGGAAUUAAUUGUUUCUUACAGCAUGAUAUUAAUUUAAACAACUGUUAGGACACAGAAUACAAGUUUGAGCCAAAUAUUUUAAAAGGGAACAUUUCUGGAUGGUUUAAACUUUUUUCUUUCUUUUUUUUUGAGUAAACAAAGGACCUUAUUUUUCUAUAUUUGCUACUUGAAGGUUUAUACUAAACUUUUUUUGUUUUCUUUGUCAUUCCGAAGCAGAGAAUUUUAUUUAAGCCCUUUCAUUGCUAGAGGGGACAUAAAAGCACAUUCUUCUGCUGUGUUGCUGGGCCCUCUGGCAGGGAAAUACGUACAAAAAAGGGAACAAAUUAAAAGUGCAUGCUGUGCAACGCAUGGAGCAUUUUCUGGGAGGAGAUGUAUCGGAGCAACUGGAAGAAUCUAUUUAUUUAUUUUGCUUUAAUAAAGAUAAUAUAUUAAACAAAAACUUUCUUGUUAAUAUUUAACAAUUAUAAAAAAGUUAUUUCCAUUAAAUAUGUAACGCCUUACACAGAGAGGGAUUGUCGUGUUUUCGUGUUUGGGUGGAAUACAGAAGUAUUUACACUGCUAUUUUAUGAUGCAGUUUUGCACUGUGUUUACAUAGCGUCAACAUAUGCAACAGUUAUGAAGCACUACUCAAAGUAGUGCUAGUAAUAUCAAAGUUGCUGUUAAAAAGAAAAAUAUUUGGUUCAGUCUGCCUUUACAUACUUUAAUGUAUGUUAUGCUAAUUCUUUUUUUUUGCUGUUGCUUUGGGUUUGUUUGUUAUUUUUGUUUCUGUCCCAUCAGGGAAAUUUCCUUUCAUUGUCUUUCUGUCCCAGAGACACAG